UUUCUUAAGAUCCCUCCUGGCUCUUUCAUCCAGAAGACUGGCCGUCUGUCAACACAAUGCCAGGCAAACCUGCCCCCAUCAAAAAGUCUCCAGCCAAGAAGGCUGCCGAGAAAGCACCUGAGCCUGCCCCGCAGCCUGAACCGGCUCCUGUAGAGGCUCACCCUGCGGAGGCUGCACCUGUGGGAACUGCUCCAGCUGAGGCUACUCCUGCACCCGAGGUAGAAGCGGCCCCUGGCCCCCCAGCAGAGGACCCACCCGCUGCUGAAGAAAGCGCUCCAGCUGCUGCCCCUGCUGCAGAAGACGGUGCCGCUGUUCCCGCUGCAGAUGCUCCCAAUGCAGAUGCUGCUGCAGACGCUGCUUCAGCAGAAGCUGCUGCAGUUGAAGAGCCACCAAAGGCCCCCACGCCCCCACCUCCUGCAGUCCCUACCAGCGCUCCUCUGGACAUAUCUGUGGAGGAUGUGAACGACUCCAGCCUCACCAUUAAAUGGAACGCGCCAGAGACCAUCGGAGACUCCGGCCUGGACGGAUACAUCAUUGAGUACUGCAAGGAUGGAACAAAAGACUGGGUUGUAGCUCAAGAGGAGCUGAUCCCAGCUAACCGCUACUGCAUCAAGAAUCUGACAGCCGGUGACCUGCUGCAUGUGCGCGUGGUUGCCGUAAACCCCGGUGGUCGCAGUGAACCUGGUACACUUUCUGAACCUGUGCCCAUCCGUGAAAUUGGUGAGCGUCCCAAGAUCCGGAUUCCCCGCGCUCUCAGAGCAUGCAUUGUUAAACAAGUUGGAGAGCAGAUCAACCUGGUCAUCCCCUUCCUUGGAAAGCCCAAACCUGUGGUAUCCUGGCUGAAGGACGGUCAGCCUGUGGAUACAAAGAGAGUCAGCAUCAGAAACAGUGACAGGGACAGCAUUAUGUUUAUUCGCACCGCUGAGAGGGCGGAUUCUGGUGUUUAUGAGAUUACCGUUAAAGUGGACAGCUUUGAAGACAAAGCCAGCAUCACCCUUCAGAUUGUGGAGCGGCCUGGCAAUCCUGCCAGUGUGAAGCUGGUGGACACCUGGGGCUUCAACGCUGCUCUGGAAUGGACCCCUCCCAAGGAUAAUGGCAACACAGAGAUCACUGGAUACACCGUCCAGAAGGCAGACAGAAAAACCGGGGAAUGGUUCUCAGUGCUGGAGCACUACCACAGACUUACUGCCACAGUCUCAGACCUCAUCAUGGGCAACUCGUACAUCUUCAGAGUGUUUGCUGAGAACCAAGUGGGUAUGAGUGAGAUGAGCACUGUUACCAAGGAGGUGGCCACCAUCCAGAAGACAGCUAUAGUCUACAUGCCUCCCGAGUACCCAGAGCAUGACUUCAGCGAGGCACCCAAGUUCACCACACCCCUUAAUGACCGCGCUGCCACUGUGGGAUACACCACCAAGCUGCUGUGUUCUGUCCGUGGCAGCCCCAAGCCUAAGAUCGAGUGGUUGAAGAAUCGGGUGAUCAUUGGUGACGACCCCAAGUUUCGUAAGAUUUCCAACCAGGGGAUUUGCUCCCUCGAGAUCCGUAAACCCUGCACCUUUGAUGGUGGUGUGUACACCUGCAUAGCCAAGAACGCCCAGGGAGAGGCCACAGUCUCCUGCAAGCUGGAGGUCAAACAGGUUAUUCUUCCAGGAGCUGAGAAGGACAAAUAAACCAACACCCAAACCUCUAAAGUGUUUGAGGAGGUGAGAGAAAAGGUCGUUUGUCUGUCUGAGCAGCAGUGUGUACAUAAAUGAAGAAAGGGACAGAACAACAAACCAACAUCUAUUUCCACGCCUACCAAUCCUGACGGAAAGAAAUUUAGUCAAAUUAUGUUAUUUUAAUUGCUGACAUGUACGCAAGGCUAUAUUUACAAUGUUUUUUUUUUCUCUGCCUGUGUCCAUGUGCUGUUCGUUACAGUAUAUACUGUAUAUAUCUACUACUCAAUAAAACAAUGAUCCUUUAAACAUGGUUGUAUGGAUGAUUAA